CAGGUCCCGUCCAAGAUGGUGGUCGCCAAUAAACUCUCCUCCCGGUUUACCGUGCUCGGUGGUGGGAUAUCCGGGCUGUCCGCCGCCUACUAUCUCGCUAAACACCAUAGCAACCCUAGCGAUAUCACAGUUCUCGAGGCAAGUGGAAGAUUUGGGGGCUGGAUGCAUAGCAAACGAAGUUCAGAGGGAGCUGUUUUCGAACAAGGUCCACGUAGCUUGCGCCCCGCCGGGCCUCCAGGCUGGACGACUCUCGACUUGGUUUCAGAACUGGGCCUUGAAAGUAAUAUCAUCCCAGUCAAUACUUCCCACCCAGGAGCGACCAACAGGUUUAUUUACUGUCGUGGAAAAGUUCACAAGCUUCCAAACAGUAUAAUAUCUAUCUUGAAAAAACAGUCGCUUUUCUCACAGUCUUUACUUCCCACAAUCCUGGAAGAACCAUUUAAGGAGAAGAGAAUCAGUGAGAAUGAUGAAUCAGUUUAUAGCUUUUUCAGCAGGCGAUUGAAUAGGGAGGUGGCUGAAUACAUUGGGGACCCUGUCUGCAGAGGCAUUUUUGCAGGAGAUGCUCGAGCACUGAGCCUUCGGGCAGUGUUCCCUGCUGUCUAUGAAAUGGAGAAGAACUAUGGAUCUGUGGUCAAAGGGGCACUUUUAGGAAAAUCAGUAAAACCUGGUCCUGAUGCAUCUCCUCUGGUCCAGAGAUCAAUUAAUGAGAAAUGGAGCAUCUGGUCUCUCGAUGGUGGACUCCAAACUUUUGCUGAUAAACUUCACAAUUCCCUCAACCAGAUGGGUGUCAAGUUUAUUGUUGGCAAGCCUUGCUUUGAAAUAGACUUCACAGAUGAUUGCAAAGCCAUUCUUCAAAUAGCUGAAGAGAAAUUAGAAACUGAUCACUUGAUUUCAUCAUUAUCUGCUGACAGACUAGCUAGUAUAUUACCUUCAAGUCACUCAAACUUAGUAGAUGCCCUGAGUGAAAUCAAACCUGUCUCUGUUGGACUUGUGAACUUAGAGUAUAAUGGCAAUAUCAUCAAGGACGAAGGGUUUGGAGUCUUGCUCCCGUCUUGUGAAGCAACCAAAGUCCUUGGCAUCAUUUAUGACUCAUGUCUUUUCCCUCAGCAUGACAGAAAGGAUGGCGGACACACUCGGCUGACGGUUAUGAUGGGAGGUCACUGGUUCGAGGAACAGUUUGGACACCCAGAUAUAGUAGACACAGGUGUCUUAACUGACACUGCUGUAGAUGCGGUAGCUAAGAUUAUGGGUGUCUCUAAAGAUCCCAUCAAAACUCUCACAUCGGUCCAAACAAACUGCAUAUCCCAGUACCACAUAGGCCACACCAGUAGAGUCAAUAGAAUAUUUAACUAUGUUAGAGAUAAUGGGCUUCCUUUGUCCCUGGUAGGCUCGUCAUACAAAGGGGUGGGGGUAAAUGAUUGUGUUUAUAAUGCCAAGGUGAUGGUAGAGGAGUUAGUAGCUAAGAAUGGUAAUUAAGAUAGGGGGAUAGCGAGUGAGGUUGAAUGACCCUUCCUGUAACAGGAAAACCUAUGCUCCUAUUAUAUUUUCAUAGAGAGCAAAAUUUUGAUAAUAGCAUUUAUUUUGUGUUGGGGGAUUUGUGAAUAUUGUGAAAAUUAAACUUUCAAUCGCCUAAAUCGUUCAGAUCUAGAUGAAAAUUCCUUAGUUUCAUUCAAAAAGGAAUUUAUGUAUAAAAAUCAAUUUCAGUCCUUAUUGUUCUGUAUAAAUACCAGAUUAUUUAUUAUUGAGAUGGGCUUGGGUUUUAGGUAUUUUUGGGCUAGGUAAUUUGUGGUACUGACUUAUGGAGCGAUAAAAUAGGAUGUGAUUCUUUUAACAUCGUCUCAAUUCUUGGGUAAUACUGACAAAAACAUACAGCUAUUCUUAAAAAGGUUGCUAUCUUACGAAAACAUUUGCAUUGAUAGAAAUAUCGCAUGACUGAAUAUUUAAAUUUACCGCACUCCGCAAACGGUUCACUGACAGCCUUCAGGCGCGUACACUGGGGGGUGCGCGCGCACAUCCCCUUGGCGGUCAAAAGUCAUUUCUCAUUAAGAAGACUUCAAAUACAAUGCUUUUUCCAUAUGAUACAUAUGACUGCGCACACCCCCUCGGACAAUCCUGGGAACGCGCCUUGUCUGUGACACACAUGAUUGAUUGUGAAACAAAGUGUAACAACCAAAGUCAAGCCAGAACAAAAUAGAACAAAAAUAUUAUCAAAGUGUAUCAUAGCUAAGUAUGCUUUAAAUUAUAUUCCACGGGUCUUUGAAAAA